AUGGAACAAUUUCACAAAAUUGUUCACAAUGAGACAAGAAAUGAGUCCCACUUGUGGGUCUCACAAAAGCAAGUUAGGAGUUACACUUGGCAGACUUCGUGUGUAUCAGUGUUUGUUUGGCAAGCUCACCCUCUGUACCCAUUUCUCCUCUUGUUCAACAGAGAUGAAUACCACAACAGGCCUACAAAGCUGGCAGCGUGGUGGGAAGGCAGUGAGAUACUAGGAGGGAGAGAUGAGGUUGCAGGGGGAACAUGGCUGGCUUGUUUGAGAAGAGUGAGAGUGGCUUUCCUCACCAACGUGAUGGAGCUUCAUGCCCUUCCCGAUGCCAAAAGCAGAGGAGACCUCCCGCUGCGUUUCCUGGAGGUACCAUUACCAAACUCCUCUUUCUCUUUCUUCAUUUCAUUGAUUCUCAGUAAUAGAAUAGUACUGCAACAUACUGUGUGGUUGCAGAGCACGAAGAGUCUCAGAGAAUUUGCAGAGGAAGUGGUCGAAGAAGCACAUCAGUAUAAUGGAUUUAACCUGAUAAUAGCUGAUCUUUCCUCGGAGACCUGGUUUAUGUCUCCAACAGGCCAAGGGGGACAUAAGGUCAACAGCAAAUCUACUAUUCAAACUGAAACUCAUUGCAAAGCAUUUCAUGAGGAAAAAGAACAGCGUUUGGAACAGAGUUUUAGGGAACUGCGUAGUGAAUAUGCUGAAAGUGAAAUUCCAAUGAAUGAGAUGGUAGAACUAAUGAGAGACACAGUUAAAGCUGAUGAAAGUAAGUUGCCUGGCAUUUUUUUGCUUGAUUGGGAAUUAAAUCUAAGCUCCAUUUUCAUUGACUGCACUGCUGCGUUGACAGUUAGAGCUGGAGGGGAAGUGAAAUUUUAUGAGAUUUAUCUGGAGAAUGAAAAAUGGAAUGAACACACAGUCCAGUAUGAGAUUGAGAAGCCAAAAUAGAUGCAUAGAUCCACUGGAGACCUAAGACUAAGAGAUAACUCUUCCCCAGUAUAUUUAUGGGUUAAUGUUUCUACCCAUUAAUUUGAAUGUUGCAGUAUUAAAGACGGUUUUUGAAUCUAUUUUAUUAUAUAAUGCCUACAGUCCAGUGGAACUUUGUCACACUUUUUUCAUUCCAAAAUUGUCCCGCAAACUGCCUCACUUCACUAUUUUAUGUUCAAAAUUUUAUAAUUUCUUCAGUUUUCUUUUCCUCUUCAUCUGUUUUUUAUUUAUUUAUUUUAUAUAUAUAUAUAUAUAUAUAUUUUUAAUAAAAGAACUUGAUUUUCAUAAUACACCCAUCAAGCAUGCACACCUUUUAGUACCUAUAUAUAUCUCCCGUAAGUUCAUGGUAAAUGGACCACUUUGAACGAUCUGAACCUUGAACAUAACAUUCAACAAAUUUACUGUUCUACAUUUGAUAGACAGAAAGCAAAAACUUACCAGAGUUCCAAUUGAACCCAAAAUAGGCCAUGGACUUUGUGUGCCGCCUUUUUCAGGUCUGUUUCU